AUGGAUAAGCAGAUUUAUGAUAUUGUCAAGAAUUUACUGAAGUUCGUUGUUAGAGGUUUCUAUGGUGGCUCGUACAUAUUGGUGUUGGAUGCAGUACUGUAUCAUUCCGUCUUAGCAGAAGAAGACAUCAAGCAGUUGCUGAGUAUAAACAAGACAGAUUUGGGUCCUUUGAUUGCAACGUUGAGAUCAGAUGGGUUGUUGUCCACUCAUAAGCAGCGAGAGUUCCCUCCAAACUCCAAAUCCAUAGAGAGGAUCUACUACUACAUCAAGUUUCCGCAUGCUAUUGAUUCUAUCAAAUGGAAAGUGCAUCAAGUUGUGCAGAGAUUGAAAAAUGAUCUAGAUAAAAAUUCAGAACCAAAUGGGUACAUGUGUCCAAUUUGUUUAACUAAGUACACUCAGUUGGAGGCAAUUCAAUUAUUGAACUUCGACAGAACCGAAUUCAUGUGUUCGCUGUGUGAUGAGCCAUUGAUUGAGGAUGAUUCAAAUAAAAAGAAUAAAGAGAAGCAAGAUAAAUUAAAUAAGUUAAUGGACCAAGUGCAACCUAUCAUUGAUUAUUUAAAGAAAAUCGAUGAUUCAAGAAUAGAAGAGAACACUUUCGAAAUUGCAUUGGCAAGAUUGAUCCCACCACAAAAUCAAUCCAAGGCGGCCUACACAUACAAUCCAAAGAGAGGUUCUACAAUGUUUAGACCUGGUGAGAACCAUGCAAUGACAAAUGCAAACCGUAACGAGACAAAUGCAUUAGCUAAUAGUGCCUUGUUGGGCAAUGACAGUAGUAGACGUGCAGGUGCCAACUCCCAAGCUACAUUACAUAUCAACAUCACAACAGCAAGUGAUGAAAUGGUUCAACGUGAAUUGCAAGAGAGAAAAGCCGAAGAAAAAAGAAAACAGAAUGCAGUUCCAGAGUGGCAUAAACAAAGUACUAUCGGAAAAGCUGAUUUGGGUAGGUUGGAUAAAGACGAAGAGUUCGAUCCACGAACAACGGCUUAUGCGGCGCAAUCUUUGAAUGAAUCGAAUGGUAUAAUGAGCUCUGCUGGCUCCUCGAUGAAUUCAAGUUAUUAUAACAACUCUUACCAACAACGUCGUGCAUUGACUGAACAAGAAAUUGAAGAAAGAGAGAAUGAAAGAACUUUGAACGAAUACUACGCAUCUCUGGCAAAGAAACAAGCUCGUAUGAAGAAAGAAGAGGAUGAAGAUGAAGACGAAGAUGAUGAAGAUGAACAAAAUAAUAAACAUGAAGACGAAAUUGAAAUGGAAGAUGUAGAUGAGGAGGAAGAUGGUGAUUUUGAAGAUGUUGUUGAAAAUAAUGUUAUAGACAAAAAGAAAGAACCUUCUGAGGAACAGGUAACUAAUGUUGAAGCUAACGCAAAAGAAGACGCAGUUAGUGAUGCAGAUGAUGAUGGAAAUAAAGAAGAAAUCAAGGAUGAUGACAAUGAGGACGAUAUGGACAUUGAAUUCGAGGAUGUUUAA